GCAAAAAAGUGUGCCGUGUGUGGUUGGUUCGCAGGAAACGGGAAAAUCUUUACGGAAAAGUACUCCCAAGUAGAACCAGUCGCAGCAGCAGAAAAACGUUCUCUAGCGAAAAGCAUCAACCAGCUAACAACAUAACCGAGCAGAUAAACAUAACACUGUCGGGGCUCCUGUGUCCUGUGGGAUCUUGUGAGUCGGGGCGUCUUGUGAGUAGGCCGUGAAAAGUGAGAAGCGAGCAAAGCGGCGAAUCCGUGGGCAGCGCGUGUGCCUGUUUUUCGUCCCUUUGCGCGGCCAGAAAGUGAGCAAAACUCGUCGGUUCCCGGCACCAGGGUGUGCGCGCUACCGUUGUACUCCGAAUUUCAUUUUGCUUCUCGGACGGAUGGUGGACAUGUCAUGAGAAUUAAGCGAAUCGAAGAUAGAAUGGAUGACAACAGUUCGCUCGGUCACCAGAACGGUGGCGGUAGUGCCGUUGGCCAGCUGAGCGGAAUCGGUGGUGUCGGCGGUGGUGGCCAGGGCGUUGGCGGCGGUCUCGGUGACAUGGCCAACAGUGGGUCCGGCAACGGCCUAGGCGGCAAGGGAGGAGUCGGGGUGGCUGGUGGGGCCGGCGGAGGUCUUACCGGGACCGGUAACUGCGAUGACCAGAGCAACAAGACACCGACUCAGUACUCGAUUCCCGGCAUACUUCACUUCAUCCAGCACGAAUGGGCACGGUUCGAACUCGAGCGAUCGCAAUGGGACGUGGAUCGAGCAGAGCUGCAGGCCAAAAUAGCCGUGCUAGUGGGCGAACGGAAGGGCCAGGAGUCGCUCAAGUCCGAUCUUAUACGGCGCAUUAAGAUGCUAGAGUAUGCCCUCAAGCAGGAGCGAGCCAAAUUCCAUCGGUUAAAGUACGGUGUCGAUCCGCCGAUGAACGAUAUCAAACCACCGACUGACGAACCGGGAAUCGGAACCGAAGUUGCUCCCGAUCCGGAGGUACCGUACAGUUCCGUGUCGAACAUUACUUGGCGGCAGGGCCGGCUGCUGUUACGUCAGUAUUUGCAGGAGAUCGGUUACACCGACACAAUCAUCGACAUCCGCUCGAAUCGGGUGCGUUCGCUGCUCGGACUGAACAACAACAGCGAGCAGGAGGAAAACGUCAAUCCGAACGUUAACGGGGGGACAGAGUCGAACAAACGUGCCAGCGAGUCUCAAGGACGCCGAACGCCGGCCAAGAAACCGUCGUCAGUGACGGAAGCGAUGAUACUGGACUCGGAAGCGGCGGUCAUAGCAAACUUUGAGUUCCUUGCCCGCGAAGAUGUGGAAAUGUCCGACGACGACGACGUCUCCGACGAGAUCGACGUCGUCGGUGACAAUGAUGAAACGGAUAUGAAAACGACCAAACGGAAAGCCAAAGGAAGCACUCUGAAUGACGAUAUUGAUGCCGAAGCAGAUGAAGUAAUCAACGAGCUAAAUCCACUAACAGAAGGUGAGGAUGUUAUUAUGGAUGACAGUAACAAGCUCGACUCUGGAGAUGAUCUAUACGCUGGCUACAACAAAACAGUAAUGCCGCGCCAUCCGACGAUACCGGGCAUCGGGAACGACGAGGAAGUGGACUCGUCACUCGGGGAGCUCGCCCAGCUGACGGUGAACAACGAGACGGAAUCGGGGUACGAUGUGUCGAACACGAAGGAACCGUACCGCAAGACGUGGAACGCAAAGUACACGCUCCGCUCGCACUUUGACGGUGUGCGGGCGCUGGCAUUCCAUCCGCAGGAACCGGUCCUGAUCACUGCCUCCGAGGACCACACGCUCAAGCUGUGGAACCUGCAGAAAACCGUGCCAGCCAAGAAGUCUGCUAGUCUCGACGUGGAACCGCUCUAUACGUUCCGCUCGCACAACGGCGCGGUGCUCUGCCUGGCGAUGUCGGCCAGCGGCGAGCAGUGCUACUCGGGUGGGCUAGACGGUGCGAUCAACUGCUGGAAUUUGCCGAGCUCGAACAUUGAUCCGUACGACAGCUACGAUCCGGAGGUGAUGCGCUGCACCAUCGACGGUCACACGGACGCGGUGUGGGGUCUGGCAGUCAACCACGCGAAGAACACGCUCGUUUCGUGCUCGGCCGACGGCACGGUCAAGCUCUGGUCACCGUCGGGCAAGAUUCCGACCAACAGCACCACCUUCACGUCUGAAACCGAGGGCAUUCCGACGUCGGUGGACUUUGUGAAGGAUCAGAUCGACCGUAUCGUCGUCGCGUACAGCAGCACGCACUGUAUCAUCUACGACACGGAGACGGGCAAGCAGGUGGUGAAACUAGAGGCGAGCCAGGAGAUGAGCGGCAACCUGGGCAAGCACAUCAACAAGGUAAUCAGCCACCCGACGCUACCGGUGACGAUAACGGCGCACGAGGAUCGCCACAUUCGCUUUUGGGACAAUGGCAGCGGCUCCCUCGUGCACUCGAUGGUCGCUCACCUCGACGCCGUCACCAGCCUGGCCAUCGAUGGCCACGGGUUGUAUCUGCUGUCCGGGUCGCACGACUGCUCGAUUCGCCUCUGGCACAUGGACAACAAAACGUGCGUCCAGGAGAUUACUGCCCACAGGAAAAAGUUUGACGAAAGCAUACUGGACGUUGCGUUUCAUCCCUCGAAACCGUUCAUCGCUAGUGCGGGCGCCGACGCCAUCGCUAAGGUGUUCGUUUAAUGCCAUAGCGCGCGCCUGACUGCGGGAGCGACGUGAAGGACACCCCCGAUUGGAGGCGGAAGAGUAGCAAAACAGAAAGGGAGUAAGAGAUGACCGAGCUCGGGCUGAUCACAACUCUGGCUUCAAAGAAAUGAUAUUGCAACGCGCCGCGCUGCGCCACCCAAAAGUCCGAAUAAUUCGUUCAAGUCAACGGACGGCGAAGGACAACGCCUUUUCCUUCGGUUUCGGGCCAACAAGUUAGUUGUGUCUUUUACUUUUCUUCUUCCCCUUGCUUGUCUUUUCUACUUCUCUCGUUUCCUUUUCUCCGUGAACGUAUAUAUUGUUUAUUUUAUUUCCGGAUCCACACGAUGCCGCCUCAGUCAGCGACAAAGGGGCGAAGAAAAGGGAGAAAAGUCUUUAAAAGAUGGGACAAAAGUGUUACGUGACCCCUCUAUUGAUGAUAGUACAUUGUGCAUAGAUUAACAUCAAUGCCUAAAGUCGCACGCUCUUCACGUGUCGUAUGUCCGUCGGCAUCGAGAAACUGAACUCACUCUCUGAACACUCUUGCGCCGCGUCCAAAGUCGGGGCAAAGUAAUAGAAACACGAUCCUUUUACUGUUAGAACAAUUGUAAAUUAGUAGCAACAAUGCGCAUCGUGCACGCGUGAGGGUGCCAGAGAGAGAAAGAGACAGUGGAAAUGGUGGAAAACUUCAUGCUUACUUAUUCCGACCUUAUUAGCGAAAUUUGACAAGACUCUUCGGUUUUUGCUUUUCCCUGGUUCUUGCAUAGCCCACUUGAUCGAAUUUUCACAAUCUCACUACAAUAACUGCUGAUCCUAGGCGCCGCAAAUACGAGGUUGCGUUGCGUGUGAUGUCUUUAGACCGGUGUACACGUGUCACGAGAAUGUCUGUAGCCGCUGAAUGCGCUGAAAGCAAAACAGUGAAAUACAAAAGGCAAACAUUUAACAAUUAAUGCGAGAAAUGCUGCGAUGAUAGGAGCGGAUGUUGCAUACUGGCAAUUUUGUUUCAGACCUGUUUUUAACGCCAUCCAGAUGGAGACACUAGCAAACUCCCUUCGCAUCGUCAGCAGCAUAAUAGACAAGCACCCGGGGAGGAAAGGCAUCGUAAUUGCGAGGAACACGUGCUAAAUUUAGGGAAAUUAACCGAGCGUGGUGGGUAGAAAUGAAAUUCCGCUUCAAAGUGGAUCAAUCAAAUGAAAUCAAAAGCAAGCAACGUGAAAGUGAACGUGAUUAUGUGCACACUCCGGUGGACACAGAGGGAGUGAUUGGCGCAAAAAGUAGAGCAAGAGAGAUAGUAAUCGAAUGACCUACGUUGUGCACGCGGUCAUGAAUGAUGGAGCAAACGUUGAAGUAAAGUCAAGUCCUAAGAGAUUUAAUCUUACAUUUAGGCGUGUAUGACGUGAGCGUAUAUAGGCAACAAAUAAUUGAAACUAAGAUAUUGAUAACACACCACGUGCACAUCGUGAUGCUUACAGGCGCGAGACGAGCUCGCGUGUAACAGCGGCGACACUCGAUCCGAUGGCAAUCGCAUAUACAAAAUCAUACACCCACACACUCAAACACACACAUACACACAACCCAGUCUACUACUUAGGUAUCCUUCGCGGAUCCCAGGGUUCCGGGAAAGGGAUGUAGCAGAUAACUGCUGCCAGUGGUAUUCGAUAUAAAAAAGGUUCCACUGCUAAAGGUAAAUAAAUCUCCGAAGGAACAUGUGAACGCAGUGGGUCAUUGUUCCGUACAUUGUUCGCAACCGGGGCGGACGGUUCAGUGCUGUAAUAAGAAGAAAUAUAAAAUUAGUGUAAAAGUGCAUGCAUACGUAUAGAAAUAUGCUCUGGGGCAAACACAGCUCACCGUCGCCACCGACCGCCCGGACCGGAUUUGCAAGCAUAUACAGAACCGGAGCAGAAGAAGCGCAUCGAUAUAGGAAAAGAGAAACCACAACAAACAUGCUAAACUAAAACAAAAUAAGUCCUCUUCGUUACGAUUCAAGCAGCAGCGAACAAAACCCGGUAAAAAACGUGAAGAACAGAACAGAAGAUACAGCAAAGACUAUCGCGAAAUUGAUUUAUAAAAAUUGUAUUUAUUUUACUCAACCUCUCAUCAAAGAAAACAAAAAUAUGUUGUUAUAGAAUUUGGUUUAUUAAUAAAGUGUAGAGUAAUUAUGAUUUCAA